UUACUAGGCAGUCGGUCGCGAAGUACCAUGCAGGCGUCCCGGUACAGUAUAGAAGCCGAGCCUGGCUGGUACGUAUCUGUCCAGCAGCCGGAGGAGGCGGUGGCUGCAGAAGAGUGGAGUCCGUUGCUAAGCAACGAACCUCGCAGACAGGGAUCCUCUGGUGCUUCAUUUGGUCUCUCCGUCUUUAAUGUGAUGAACGCCAUCAUGGGAAGUGGCAUCCUUGGCUUGGCUUAUGUGAUGGCUAACACGGGUAUCCUUGGAUUUAGUUUCCUGCUGCUCUUAGUUGCUCUCCUGGCUUCUUACUCAGUCCAUCUCCUGCUGGCUAUGUGCAUCCACACAGCUGUGACGUCUUACGAAGAUCUUGGACUCUUCGCCUUUGGAUUACCUGGAAAGGUGGUGGUGGCAGGCACCAUAAUAAUUCAGAAUAUUGGAGCUAUGUCAUCUUACCUUUUAAUUAUUAAAACAGAGCUUCCUGCUGCUAUUUCAGAAGUUUUGCCUAGUGACCACAGUGGGGCUUGGUAUCUUGAUGGACAGAUGCUGCUAAUCAUAAUCUGUGUCGGCAUUGUGUUCCCUCUCUCACUGCUCCCCAAAAUAGGCUUUCUUGGCUACACAAGCAGUCUAUCAUUUUUCUUUAUGGUGUUCUUUGCUCUUGUGGUAGUAAUUAAAAAAUGGGCCGUUCCUUGUCCUCUGACCUUAAAUUGCAUCAAUGCAGUCUUUCAGAUUUCAAACGCUACAGAUGACUGUAAACCAAAGCUCUUUCAUUUCUCCAAAGAGAGUGUCUACGCCAUACCAACGAUGGCUUUUUCAUUUCUCUGCCAUACCUCAGUAUUGCCCAUAUACUGUGAGCUUCGAAGCCCUUCAAAGAAAAGGAUGCAGAAUGUGACCAACACAGCGAUUGCGUUGAGCUUCCUGGUUUACUUCGCGUCUGCACUCUUUGGCUACCUCACUUUUUAUGACAAAGUGGAGUCAGAAUUACUGCAAGGUUACAGUAAAUACUUGCCACAUGAUGCUGCUGUCAUGGCUGUGAAGUUAUGCAUACUGUUUGCUGUGCUUCUGACAGUCCCUCUAAUCCACUUCCCUGCCAGAAAAGCUUUGAUGAUGAUACUUUUCUCAAACUAUCCAUUUUCCUGGAUCCGGCAUUCUCUGACCACAUUAGCGCUCAACAUCAUCAUCGUUUUACUUGCAAUAUAUGUUCCUGACAUUAGAAAUGUAUUUGGUGUAGUUGGCGCCAGCACAUCGACAUGCUUGAUUUUUGUGUUCCCAGGAUUGUUUUAUCUUAAACUCAGCCGAGAGGAUUUUCUCUCAUGGAAAAAGCUUGGGCGGGGCAGAGAAACUGAAAAAGGAACCGGGUGGAGGAUGAGUAGAUGAACAGGCAUGCUUUCCUCAUGGAGAACCUCUCUCUUGUUGAGCUAUUGUCCCGACUCACCAUACUGCCAGCCAAGAAGAGCAGGGAGACUCAGCUUGGCCAUCCGCCAAGUGGACAGGUGGGCAUGAGAGUUCCCUUUACCUAUGGGACAAAGUAAAUGAGGAGAAAAGUGGGAGGGGAUGGGGGGGGCAGAUGGCUGAAAAGACAUCUAACAUGGGUUAGUAUUUAAAAGAAAAGUUAGUGGCCAUUAGAAAGAUAUCUCUCACUUAUUUGAAUGUGUAUAUGUUUAUCUAAUGUCAUCAGUGGACGUAAGUACAGAGGCAAAAGGCAGGUAUGUAGUUACCUAAUAGUCCCAGGAACUAUGCUAGUCCCAAGCUCAUAACGCUGGGAGCUGGUUGCCCAUCUUGCCUGAGAAGAGUUCAGAUACAACUUGGACUUCUCUGACAACCCUUCAGAUAGACUGAAUGGUUGAAACUACUUAAAGGGAAGUGUGUGUGUGUGUGUUCCUGUGUAUAGCAGAGUCCAGAAAAGUGUCACAUCUAUAAGUCUCUACCUUUGAGGCAGAGUCUCUCUACCACACCCAGCUUGUUACAUGAGUGCUGGGUUUUGAACUCAGGUCCUCCUAAUUACCCAGCAUUCACAUGGCUCUUAACCAUCUUUUCAACCCAGUGAGAGGUUCUGGGCCAGGUUUGCCUAGAACUCACUAGCCCAGGAUGAGCUCAAAUUCCUGGUUAUCUUCCUGCAUCAGACUCCUGAAUCCUGGGUGCCGCCAUGAGCUACCACACCACGCAAGCCUGGCUGUCACUGAAGAUUUGUGUUACUUGAAAACUAGUUUUCUCCCAGCCAGGGGAAAUACGCUUCAUUUCUUCAAGUUGUGUGGUAGUUGGGAGAGCUUGAGUUAACCCUCUGAAUGUGGACACUUUUAUUACGACUGUUCCUCAGACCAUAUGACUCCCAGUAAGGGUCUCUUCUGCUGCGUCAGCCACUUAGGCAACAGAAGACAGUGUUUGUUCUUGCUCCUCAGCUCUUCUCCCCCAGAAAAGCCAUUUUUAUUCUAUUAACUCAUUCUGAGUUUCAGUAGCUUUACAUCUUUGGAACAUUCCAGCCUGUGGCUAACAAGCUACAGGCCUUUUACAGGUGGGUUGCUAUAUUCUUGAGACCCUGUAUUUAAACUGCGAAUUUAAAAUAUUUAAGUAUGAAAGAAUGUACACACUGCUAGAGAUGAAUGUGAAGUGUCCCCCAAAGGCUGAUUUAUUAAAUGCGUGGUCCCUAGCUUGGCACUAAUGGGAGGUGGCAGGAGCCUUGAGAGGUAGGGCACAUGAGAGGUCCUCCAGUCAUUAGACACCAGCUUGGGACCCAACCCCUCCGUGUUUUCAUUCCUGAAUUCUGUAAAGAGAUCCAUUUCCUUCACUAUAGUCCCCUCCCCACGUACAUCAUGUACUCCACUGUAGUCCCCUUAAAGCAAAGAGACCAAACGGCUGCUACUGCCUCCUGCAACCCGUUUGUUUGCACUGCACAGCCAGAGCUGUCAUUUAAGCAUGUGUGAUAGUUUGCAUCCCAUUUACCUUCCUCCAGGCUUCCUGUCUUACUCAGAACAAAAUCCGCACUGUGGUCUGUUCACAAGGCUCAAUUUUUAUCCGUGCUGCCAACAGGCUUCCGUGUACAGUGCCACAGUAUGGGCACAUGGUGCAGCGAUGCCUAGAGCUUUCUCUGGCAUGACUAAAACUGUAUACCACUGACCAGUUCCUAGUUCCUCAGCCCUGCAGCCCCAGACCACCCCACUGUCCCCUCCUGGAGUGGACCAUGUAGGGACGGUGUAUAUACCAUUAUGUCUAGAGGAGCCUUGUAAUGUCUGCCCUUUGGGGCCUGAUUUGUUUGGCUUAGCGUAGUCUCCAGUUUCAUCCAGGCACACACAGGAGUCUCUCUCUAUGAAGUCUGAACGGCAGUCCUGUAUGUACACAUCAGGAUUUCUUCGUUCAUUGACCUGUGGCUGUGGUCACUUUAGGCUUUUUCUGCCUCCUGCCUCUUGCAGACAGUGCUGGGAUGAACCUAAGAGUACAAACAGCCCUUUUGAGGUUCUGUUUGCAAAUAUCUGGGUAAGUACUAGGAAUGGGAGUGCGGGAUCUUGGGGCUGUUCUACUUCUAGUCUCUGAGUUGAUCUCUAGCUGCAGUGUCAUUGCACACUCCCCCAACGCUGGCUCUGCUUCCCCUACCCCUGGCAGCAUCUGCUGCUUGUCCUUCUGCCCACAGCCAUCUUUACGGGCUGAGAUGCUCUGUCUCGGGAGGUUUUGUUUUACCUCUGGGUGAUGGCUCACGAUGUCCAGUAUCCUUGUGCAGAGCUUAGCAACUUUUACGUCGUCUUUGGAGGAAUGUACAGCCUAGUCUUUUUGUUUUGAUUUGAAUUGAUUGUAAAUCCAACUAUUUGGGGUUACGAUUCCUUAUAUAUUUAGGAUAUUAACCUUUUAUCACGUUUAUAGCUUAUAAAUAUUGUCUCUCGGUCUGUGGCUGCCUUCAUUCCCUGACAAUUGUUUCCAUCUAUUGUUUUGGGAACCAAAGCCAAGGUCUCGUGUAUGUUAGGUCAGCUCUCUGGGGUGUUACCCAUUCCUGGUGAUUAGCUCUUAUAAUUGGUCCUCGGUAAAUACAUACGAGCCCUUCCCUCACGGCACAUUUAGAAGAUUCUCUUGUGGCUUUUAUGAAUGGUGUGUGAGAAUUGCCCCUUUUGCCUCUCUGCUGUUCCCAUACGUGAUUUGUAGGUAAGAUGCUGUAUUAGCCUGCUUUGCCGAAGGCUUGCUCAUUUACAAUAAACAGAAUUAAGUUGGUCACAGCCCUAGAGACCGGAAAGUGCAGUAUCCAGGUAUCGCUGGAGCAGGUGUCUCCUGAGGGACUGCCUGGUCUCCUGUCCAGAGACGACGCCCAGGACACUGUACCCUGCAGCGGGGAGAAGCUAUUCUUAUAACAAAAAUGUGCAAAUGCCACAGAGAAAAACGCAGUCCCUUCUCUACUGAUGAGGGUGGAGCCUUCAAAACCCCAUCACCUUAAAUGCCCGGCCAUCUUCUAAAACCAUUCCCCUGGGGCAGGCAUUUCAGAAAGACAGCGCAAGGACAAACAGGAAACAGGAGGAAGACAUUAUUACUGCUCUUCCCUGAUUCUGGAUCCUCAGUGACAUGGAGGCAAACAAAUCCUUGGUUCUGUUAUCUGUUAGGUUAGUUUGAGUCUCAGCCUUAAGGUUUAAGCUGGCACCAAAGACACCCAGUCCCCUCUGCACGCCAUAACUCAGGAGAUCAUGAUUUUAUUUUUUGACUGUUUACUGUAAAUUAAACAGAAAAGUUACUCCUCGAGUAUACCCUACCUUUUCAUUAUAAAAACUUUCAGACCUGAGUAUGAAUUGAACUAAUCUGCCCAUAUACACAUCAUUGAAAGUCAACAUGUGUUCUAAUUUGAGUUGUUACCCAUGCUUAAUUUUAUUUUUAAAAGAUUUUUAUUUUAUCAUUUAUUUGUAUGUCUCAGUGUGCACCUCUGUACAGGGGUCCUUGGAAGCCAGAAAGCCUGUUGGGUCCCCUGGAGCUGGUGUUAUAGGCAGUUGUAAGCUGUCUGGUGUGGGUACUGGGGACCUCAGAAAGAGCAGCAAGCACUCUUAACAGCUAAGCCAUCUCUCCAGCCCCAUAAAUUAAACUUCUAUGUAAAUAUAUGUACAGGAUGAUUUUCAAGAACGUGUCUGACAGCUGACCAAGCAGUAAAUUUAAAGCUGUUUUAUUAAUUUCACCAUCUAUCUUAGCUCAGGCUGCCAUUAUACAGUAAUAUAGAUAAAAUGUCAUACGGAGACAGUUUAAACAGCAGGAAACAUGCUCACACAGUGCAAGAGGCUGGGAAGACAGAGAUCAGGGAGUGAUCGAUCGAUCGAUCUGGUGUCUGUUGAAAGGCUGAACAAGGCUCUGGAUGGCCUCCUCUGUGCCCUUGAUCCCAUCCUAGGGGUUCCACAUCUUAAUCCUAGUUACUCCCCAAAGACCGCAUCUCCAAAUACCAUCAAAGUGGAGAGGGGGUUUGGUACGAAUUUGGAGGUCUGUGGAGGACAGUCCGGUCUAAAUCUCCAUCUGUGAGCAGAGUUCCAAGGUGCGGUCCUGCCUCUCUCCCUAAAGAGAACAGCUAUUUGGUUACAUCUUUUUCAAUGUAUCCCACAGACCAUCCGAUGGAGGGUAGUGAGAGCAAAUAGCCAGCCCCUGAGCUCUUCUCAGCAAGGAAGGGGUGAAGAUGUCCUAGGAAAAUACCCUGAUAAGCCAUUGGAAGAUGAACGUCAGAUGGUUUGUGGUCUUAUAACAAGGAGUGGACCAAGUCCCAGAGGAUUGUGUAGGCAUAAAUGGUUGAUUUUGCAUUAUGUAUAUUUUGCCUUAGAGAAAAAAAGUGAGCUUCCGUGAGGAUGGGUUGGGAGGAGAAGGGAGGGAGAUACGCUACUGACUGCAUCACAGUGUGAAGAAAAGCCAAGGGCAGGGCAGAGAGGGACCAGCAGCAGAGACUGGGGUGGAGAACAGAAACUGCAGGGCAGUGGAAGAACAGAAGUGUUUACGGCUCUGUUUAACUUGCCUGCCUCCACCCUCCGAAGCCAGUAAAGUCAGUUAUGUGUAAAGAGAGAACUUUGUAUGUAAACCUACAUGGACACAGCAGUGUGCUGGCCCCAUGAUCCAGAAACCCUAGUGAGGAGGGGAUGCAACGCUAGAGGUAACCAGUAAACAACUCAGUGGCCUACCUGCUUCCUCCCAGAGUCGCCGGGGACAGUAAGAAGGUUGUGCAGCUAUUCUCAUGAUAGGUGUGUGAUUGAACCAACCCAGACUCCAAGUGUAGGAAUCUGACACAUGACAAAAUAGUGAUACUUCAUUGACACUCGGGUCCUUCUUUAUCAAUUGUACUUGCAGAGAAAUUCCUCCCGUUAGAAAUACAUGAGCCUGUACAGAGGGGACCCGGGGACAGGGCUGUGCUGCUCCUCCCAAUCUCUCCCUUUAGUAGCAGCCCAGAUGGUAGCUCUGGGCCCCGGCUUCCAUGACUUGACUUAUAGCAACUUGGAACGUGUGUGUGUUGGGGACCAGAAUGUACAACUUGGUUUCUUGAGAUAAGUGGUGACAUUGGACAUCAACAUGAAUGAGGCCCCUGGGAGUGACUGUCCCACAGGAAAAGGCCAUGGCUCUGGUUUCCUUGUUCUAUUAGCCAGCUCUGCACUCCAUUCAAAUCUGAAAAACGUUGGCAUUCUCAAUAGCAGAAGGGCAUCAGUCUCAUUUAAACCUCUGGUAGUAGUGAGUUGUGUCUGUGUGGGGACCAGCACUAUGCCAAGUGCAUAUGACACCAUGGAACUAGAUCAGAAAGGAAAGCUUCCCAGCAACCACAUGGUGGCUCACAACCAUCUGUAAUGGGAUCCGAUGCCCUCUUCUGGUGUGUCUGAAGACAGCUUCAGUGUACUCAUAUAAAUAUGUCUUUAAACAAAAAAGAAAUAUAGAAAGGAAAGCUUAUAAGACUGUAAGUGAUUGAUUUGUCCGAAGUCAAACAUCCUAAACAUAACCGAGUUGAACUGCUGUCUCCUUAACUAUCAUACUAAUUAAUUAAUUAUAUCCACCUGUAAUUUUAUUAUUUCUCAUAAAAACGUUCUGAGCACAGGUGAUGCACAGUCCAUACUGUGUUGAAAACCUGCUCUGUUCCGUGCUCCAGAUAAUACUUGAGCCUGCCAUGUCCUCUGAGUCAAGGUUUAUCCCCCCACCCCCCAGCAUUAGCAAAGGGAAGACAGGGGACGCACGGGCUCUAAAGGAGGACAGGGAAGUUCCAGCAUUGGCCAGACUUUGAGAGAAGUGGAGACCCUUGGAAAACAAUGGUAGAAGUUCAUUUCCACAGUGACACAGGUAGAAAUUAUUUGUCUGAAAAUUAACAGAACGUUUUAGAUUUACUUUACAUGCUCGUGUGUAUUUUGCCUGCUUGUAUGUAUGUGCACCCCAUGCGUGCCUGGUACCCACCAGGGUCAGAAGAGGGCACCAGAUCCUCUGGAACGUGAGUUACAGAUGGCUGCAACCUACCACACGGGGGCUGAGAACCAAAACUCACCAUCUCGGCAGCCUGAGUAGAAUGUUUAAAGUACACAUCUCGAUAGUCACAAUCUAAUCCAGUGUUUGCUGCACUUGGCAUUUCUUUUUGUCUCUUUAGAACCUUCAGAACAUACUUGGGACAUUUGUAACGUUGCCUGCCUUUUUUUGCAACUUGGUUGAGGACAUUAAGAAAGUUGCCGGGUUGGGGAUUUAGCUCAGUGGUAGAGCGCUUGCCUAGGAAGCGCAAGGCCCUGGGUUCGGUCCCCAGCUCCGGGGAAAAAAAGAACCAAAAAAAAAAAAAGUUGCCACCUGUCCUUUUCAUUCAGUUAAACAGACAACAGCAAAGGUCACUGUGAAGGAAGGAAAUUCAGCAGGCCUGGAUCUCUGGAAAAUUACACAUGGGACACACUCUGGCUUUCUCCUCAAGGGCCAAUGAAAGCCUUAUAGAGCAGCAUUUGGAAAGUCCAAGUUUAAAUAACUGAGUCUAUGAUAGAUCAGUUAUGACUUCCUCACGUCCCAUACUCACUGACCUUAAUUAUAUUUAGAAGAAAAUAUGUUCUAAACAAAUUCUGACUACAGAGACUAUUUUUCGGCUUUUCCCCCAAUAAUUCAUAAACUUUGUAAAGGAAAAUAUUUAACCCUUUGUAAGUUUUCAGAGUUUUGCCAACAUUUCAAAUAAGUUUGGGGGGGCACUGACAGAGCAUCCUUACUUUAAAACACCAUCAGUUUAUCAAAUAUAUCCCCAGUCAGGGGUAAUGUUUACAUUUCAUAGAGAAGUAAAAUUCUUGAAGCUUCUCCACAUUUGAAAGAUUUGUCAUUCAUUUGCAUUCAGAGAAAUUCUUUGUUUCCAAUCACCCAGAAUAAUUCUCAGCUUAUUAAUUAGCCAGACUAAAUGGUUAGGUAUUCGUGCAUCAUAAGAUCAGUGUAAAGGAGGCCUUUCUAAUUUUGUUUGCAAUCAAAUCCCCUAAAUGAUGUCUAAUGACUCCCAGACUCAGUUACUAAACAUUCUACAAUGUCACUUCUAGAAGGAGAAAUAAAACUCCCUUACAUUUUAGCCAUUGAAACCUAGAACUAUGCCCUGACGUACCUUUGUGAAGGUUUAUGAGCGGUCAAACUCUAUCACCAAGCCACAUGGCUAAGUAUACGUUGCUAAGUAUGGGAUUUGUUUUUUAGUUGGGUUUUAAUCCAAUGGAGGCAACCUAUAUGAGAUACUAGGAUCAAACUCCUAAAGGGCAGGGUCUGUCCAUAGCAUGGCCAAUGUAAACACUAGGUCCCUCAUGGGUGCUUGUGUGAAAUACAUUAGUAAGAAGAACAUUAAAAGCUCCAUUGGGAAAAGUCCACAGGGGUGGGAGCUCCCUGUGUCCCGGGGGAGGGAUGAACAUAUAGCUGAAGUAACGGCAGCGGGUAUAAACUUGAAAGGUAACUGGAAAGGAACUAAGAGUAAGAGGAUGGCCUUUUGCUUGCAGAGCAAAUAGUACCAGAGCAAAGGACAAUACAAGGCAUAGGUUAGAUGAGAACAAUGUUGCUAGUAGCAAAGACGUAUGCAACAGGAGAAGGCACCCCGGGAGGGAGAGCCAGGUGCUAGACUUGAGCCAGACUUAGAAGCAGAAGCCAUCAAGCAGAAGACAGGUCUCCUUGAAGGCUGUAGAACAAUACGUGAUAAAAACAAACAAACCCAGUAGCCAAGAAGGGGAAGUCGCCUCUGGGUUGAACACCACUGCCAUCUUCCAGAAGCACCAUUAACCUUCAAGACUUGGCUGUGUCAAAACCCAUACUUGAUUUUUUUUCCUCAGGUCUUAAGGAAGGUGGAUAUCAGGCCCUAGUCUGGAGUUUUAGAUGAUCUAACACGGUCCGAGGUCCAUUACAAAGGGGGUCCCAUGAAUUUUGCCUCCACACUCCUGCAUAAGUCAUCCAUGCUGCUUUUGCGUUUCUCUUCAUAACUCUUACUGUCCAUCAAACCCGGUGCUUACCUCCUCUGGAAGAAUUUCCAAGACAGAGACUGAUGUAGCCCUUGCUCCUUUACUCUGAAAACCUAACCCUGAGCUGUUGAAUCUACAGUUUAUUUCUUUAUAGAAAAUAGCAUGACCUUCAGGAAGGUUACCACCUCUGCCCUUUUGGUGUCCAUUAAAGACCUUGUACCACAUUUACUUCACCCCUCCACCAAAUCAGAGACUUCACAGGGCAGCACAAUGCCCUCGGGAGAGAAAUCCUUCUAAGCAAGAAAGGAUCUUUGAAGCUGGAAUUCUAUAGGACACACAAGGGCUGCAGACUGUCAUCUUUCUUUGACCCUACUUUCCGUUGGGGUGUGUAGAGCUUCUCCCGGAUCUUACGGAGUAAGAAAGAAUUACUCUGUAUCUGGGUUCCUCUCCAUCCUGUUUCUGGCUCCUGUGGGUUUAUUAGUGAUGUCAGAACUCAAGCUGUUAAUAACCUGGGGUUGGGCACUAUGAACAGAAAACACUUAAAAAGGGGGGGGGGGCUGCAAAACCCAUUUUUAUUUUUUAAGAACUAUUUCUCCCCAAUAUGUUUUUACUCCUCCUACCAAUGACUAAGAGUGGUUGGGACAUUGCAAACAUUUUGCACACCUAAUUCAAUUCCUCCAGAUGUUAGUUAGUGCUCCAGAGCCUUUGAGACACAUGGUAUGUCGUGGGAAGAGGCCCCAUCAACAGAAUCUGUGGUGCCAGGUGAACAAAGGCAUCUUUUUCUCCAAGUCCCAACCUGGUAAAAAUCAUGGCGUCGAGGGACUCAAAGCUGACUCUUGUUUGAAAGUACAUCCGGGGCUGUGCAUACCUGUGAGUGACAACCUCCUAGGCCCUUGACUAACUGCUGUGUCGCACUGUGCUUUGGCAAGCCAAUUCCUGCCCUCCGGGAUGCGAAUGGAACCAGAGCUCUGAAGCAAGCCUGGGAAGUGAGUCCAGUGGUUUGAUUUGCAUGGGAAACUUUGGCCUCUGAGUGAAGGCAGCCAAAUUCCCUGGGCUCCCCAGCCCUCCGGAAAUACGCCUUACAGGGGCUGGGGGCCCAACCGAGUGGGUGUGAUUUGAAUGUUCAUCGCCACAGCUGCUGCAUUCAGCCCUGGUCAUUGCCAUUGGUCCCGCUCCGUUUUACGGCCUCGGAAUCCUCUUGUGCAUGUUAGUGGUUAAUACAGCAGCCAGGAGACGCCAGACAGCUCUCAGCACCUGGUUCAAAUUUAAGGCUCAUUUACACAUGAUGUCACACACGCAUUGUCAGCGCGAGGGAGGUCAGGAUGGUUCAUUUUGGGAAGGUUUGCAUUGUUGAGUCUCUGCAACACUCUGCUAUUAAUGCCUAAACCAUCUGACUUGGAUUUCGGGUUUCUGGCAUGAGGUAAUCCCAGGCACUAGAUUUAUAUGCUGAAUGGGAAGCCAGCAAGGGUGGCUAAUCAUGCUGGUUUGCAGAUCUGCACCUCUGGAGCCUUGGGAUGGAAUUAGAAGGCCACAUGGCAUGUAGCAAAUCACAGGGGUUCAGAGGGGAGGGGAAUAGCCAGGCCUGGAGGCAGCCCUCAGAGGGGCUGCUACCUAAGCCAGGAUGCCUGACGGAAGGAUAGAAAGCUAAGGACUCGGAUGGGGUCUGGCACAGCCAGUCUAGUGUUCGUGGUCAUUAUGAAACCUAUCUCUCUGCUCGUUCCCCAUAGAAAUCCCAAACCAUCUUCCCAGGCCCAUUCAAGGCUCAUGUUCCAUGGAGCCCUCCCUGACCACCUAGUUUAUGGUAAUUCCUCUUCUGAAUGGCCAAAUGCUUCUGUCAAUAAAAUAAACAGAGCAAUCCUUACUGCGUACUCACUGUUAUCAGUUCCCUGCCCCUUCACGACACUGUGACGCGGAAAACACCAUCCUUUGCAUUCUUUAAGGUGACAGAACAGAUUCAGGGAGUUCGAAUCAAAUGUCCAGGGUCAGUGCUGACAGGACUCAGGAGGAAGACUGACUGGCCCCAGGGCUGGGUUUUGGACCACCGGGUAGGCUGUGUACUACACUGUGGUUCCACAUCUUCAGUGGUACAUGCUAACAACGCAGGGCCAGUCUGCUUCCCUAGGGAAUGUCCCAAAGGAGCUUACAAUAACGCUGCCUGAUACUUCCUGUCAGAGUUACCAUCCCCUGUGUCCUUCCUGUCCCCUCUGUGAGCUAGUGUGCAUUUAAAUGACAGUGCGGUCUCCUCAGGGUUUGCUCAGACAACAGGAAAACAGAGGUCAGCCUCCUUCACCAUCACCAAAGCUAGUGUCCUGUGUAAGACACUGAAGUGUUUGCAAUAUUUGAAUAACCGCCCUGUCAUUUAUUACUGUACACCUUAAGGAGGUAUCUGAUGCAAGCAUCUGCAGGAGAUUUCUGAGAGAGUGGCGCCCCUCCGAAAGGGUAAGCAAGAGUCAGUCAGCGGGAAGGAGUGUGGUGGACACUUCAGACAGAGAGGGCAGCAAGGGCCCCAAGGUGAGACUGCCUGCUCCUAGGAGCAUUCUUGAACGCAGUAAGCUGGGGAAAGGGAUGGAGCCCAGGUCAUACCACAGCUUCUCUGCAGUCCUCUUGGGCAGGGUAGAAGACUAUUCUGACUUCAACUUUUGGAAGACCCUGCUGAAGUCUGUCAGAUGUCUCCUGAGGAUAAAGCUACAAUCUGUGCGUCCUCUCAUCUUGGAACAUAGCCACAAAUCCUUAAAAAGCAGGCGAGUAGGUGCCCUUCUCACGGAGCACACAACAGUUCACCAGAGCAGGACAGAGUGUCCAGUUUGGGAGUCCCGCACUCUGCACUAUGUACAAAACCCUGGAACCUUUGAGGGUGAGCAAAUAGUGUCUCUACUGUGAAAGAGGACCCUCAGUGUCACAUAGGAGAGACUCUGCCAUGUCUUUAGCUUCCCCAGCCCCAAGCAUCCUUGCAAAUGCCAGAUUUUCAUUCUCUUUACAAAAGCAAUCCGCUUUUACUCUGCAUCAAUUUCAGAAAGCCCGCGCACUCAGUAGGGAUGGGAGUGAAGCCAGAGGAGUAGAAGGGUCAAGCGGUGUUGGUACUUACAGUGCUGGAGGAGUAGAUGGUUCCUUUGGCUUCCGUGUCUUGCUUCCAGUGAGUGACACUUCUCAUCCACGUUAUCUUUGCCUCCAUGAGCUGAAACAGAGCUCCCUACAACUCCUAAGGGGAUGCCUUGGCAUUACACAUGGAGAUGCUACUAGAAGGUCCCAGCCACCCAGGCUGCAACCGUGAGGGGACAGACAGGUAGUGAGAACUAUAGAAAAGUCCAAGUAGCAUCUCACUGUUGUCUACUGGUCCUUCCUCCAGUGGGCCAGGGGACCAGAACUUACUCUUCAGUUGGACCCCUGAAUCUCCACAUACUAGAGCUGACCGACCCCUGGAAGGAUGGCAACACCAGGGACAUAAGAACCCUUUCUUUCCUUCUUUCCUUCUUUCUUUCCUUCUUUCUUCCUUCCUUUCUUUCUUUCUUUCUUUCUUUCUUUCUUCCUUUCUUCCUUUCUUCCUUUCUUCCUUUCUUCCUUUCUUUCUUUUUUCACUUAAGCAGUCUUUAAUGAAAGCCGUGCAUGAGAUCUCUACUCCUGCAUCUUCUUGAUCGUUUCUUCCUUGUAUUUGCCCUUCUCCUUUCCUACUUGCCUGGACCUGGCUUUCCUCUCCAGGAUCUUCUUGUGGGCCUUGUCCAGCUUUAGCCUGGUGAUAACCCCCUUGCCAGGGUGGAUGCCCACGUGGACAAUUGUGCCGUUAGCCUCCUCUCACUGGACUCGCUCAAUGUCAAUGACGUAUUUCUUCCUGUACAUUUGGACCACUUUGCCAAUCUGCUGGCCUUUGUAGAGUCCUCAAGCAACCUGAACUUCAUUGUCCUUUCAGAUGGGCACAGACUGAACGUUAUACUUCUGUCUCAGUUCUUUGGAAAGAGGAGAAGACAUGAUCUUCCUCCGAAUGUGAGAAGGUGCAUUGAAAUGCCGUUUGCAGUUCUUGCUUUGGUCAGAAGUCACAAAGGGAUUGAACUUCAUUUUGGCAGCUUUGAUCCAGUGAUGACGUCAAAAGCAAAGAGCAUAAGAACCCUUUCUUGUUAGCGGGCUAUGUCCUCCAUCCAUCUUCAGCUACUAAGGUGUUCUUGUAGGUGAAGAAAAUCAUAUUGAGGAAUGAAAUGAUUCUACCAUUUAGCCAAGUGAACAGAACAAAAAAAAUCUCAGGAAAUAAAGGUCUAGAAAGAAUGUUGCUUUCCCUCAUAGAUACUAACAACGAAACUGAAGAUAAACUUCAAAUAUACUGCCUUCUUGAUACAUCAGAGUGUUGCGGCCACAGGGCAACCAAGCCCUGAAAUCUUUUAAUUGGGGCUUGUAGAGAAGCAAAGAUGGUGUGGAAAAGCAGAGGCAGCUAUAGAGAAGCACGGGCUGGUGCUUUCUUGGAAACAGGUAUAGCCAGUAGAAUAAACAAAGAAAUAGCAGAUCCGUGGGGUGGUGGGAGGGGCUGGCCCCGAAGGGUCAUCUCUAUAGGACGUUCACCGUGGCUAUAGAAGGCACUCAGAGGAAGACAAACCAAGGUCGCAUCUGUGUUCAGUGGUAGACUGACCGAUCACCUAGCAUGUAGGAGGCCCUAGCCCAGGCCCCAGCACUGGUAGAAAAGAAAGACAGAGCACCUUCCUCCACAGGGCAGGCCAGGAAAAAAAAAAACCACUGCAAGGGACAUGAGCCCACCCACAGGCCUCUCUCAUCUCACUCUGGAACAAGGUCCAUCUAAAGAAGAAAGGAUAAACCAUUGUCCCAUUGGACUAGGAAAGAGACCUACGGAAGAAAGGGUUCAGGGAAGGACAGAGCAGGAACAGCUAUGCAGACAGAGCCUAUGAACUCUUGGCCAGUGGACACUCUCCUACACAGAAGUUACACAAUUGCUCCAAGCAGGAGACAGAGGAGGCAAGACAGAAAUAAGAAUCUACGUCAACUCCCUGGACCUGCAGCCCCUGAGUCCCCGGACUAGGUGGCUCUCAACUUUUCCCUGCCUUCUAGCGGCAUUGUGAGAACGGCUGUGCUUAAUCAGAUGUCCGUCUUGGAUAUGAGUAAAGCAUUUAGAAGCGUGUUCAUUGUAGCUCUGAAAGGACUAUGCUAUGUGGUCCAGACUCUCGGCACUGCAGCUCUCCAUGGCAGAAAACAACCAACAGCAUAACGGAGAAUUGUCCGUCCGUCCGUCUCGGUGAUGUCUUACCGACAUGGAAAUACUUCCUACACGAGAAACUGAACUUGCCCAUUGAAAAUAUGAAAGCGGUCGACCACUACAAAGACAUUAGGAAAACUUAUGAUGAUUUCUUGAAGAAUAGUAAUACAUUAGAUCUGAUUGAUGUUUAUAAAAAAUGUAGCAUCUUGACUUCUAAUUGUGAGAAUAACAUGAUAUCCUCUGUAAGUAUUCUAAGAAUAAUUCUACUUUAAUCAAAUUAAAGUUCAGCUAAAAUACUUUUAUUUUAAGUCAUAGAAUUACUAGUCUUAAAAAUAUAAUGGGAGGCAGAGAAUAAAAAAGUUUUUUUGCUUUUUAAAUCAUGUUAAAAAUGGAAAAUUUAGCUACCCAAAGCCUAGUUUUUACUUGAAAGAAAUAUUUUUGAUAAGUUUUGUUGGUCUUGUGAUAUUAUUAUUUGCCUAAUUUUUACUUGAAAGACAUUUUUGAUAAGUUUUGUUGGGCGCGUGAUAUUUUUAUUUGAUAUAAGAAUAUUUUUCUUAAUAGAAAAAAAAUUGGCAAGGAAAUAGAUUUCAAAUGUCAGAUUUCUUUUGAAUCAGAUCAAAGAUUACCUGUCUACAACUUUUUCCUUUUUGUUGAAUGUACAUGUUUAUUGGGUGUGUAUUGUAUAAACAACUGUUACAGUUCUUUUACAUGGCUUAAUAGCUUCUUAGACAUGACAUAUAUGACUAUCAGAGAAUGGGAUGACAUAAUAUCUGAGAUAAUAGACUUCGUUGUAUAAACAUUUAAUUUUAAUAGAGAAAAGUUUAAAAGCUGUAGUAGUCCUUAGAUUUGUUUAUAUUAGAAUUGAUGAACUAUUAAAAAUCUAUUUGUACAU